AUGGAUGCGCGCCUUGCCUAUGGGUCCCGGCCGGGCCCUGCACCACCACGGGAGGGCACCGACGGGGUGCAGGUGCAGGUGCAGGUGCUUCCAGAAGAAAACGCAACAGAGGAAGAAGAAGCACAACCAACACCAACACUAGGCCCGGGCCCGCAAUCCGGGGAGCUCCAACAACAGCAAGCCCCAUACCUCCACUUUCAACCUUCACACACACCGCAAAUAUCCAACCUUGGUCUACCGCCGCCAACCGACGCAGAUAGGACCGUCUCUCCGGGACGUACGGUAGAGAGACUGGCGCGCAAGCUGAGCAAGCAAGACCUGCAACAACGGCAUCAGAGUCGUACUAGGCACCGCCAACGGCAAACGAAACAACCAACGCCUCUGUCGCCGGCAUCGACAACAAGCGUGCAAACUCAAGCCCCCGAAUUGCGUAGGUUUCAGGCCUGGGCUGCGCACGACGCCAACUGCCAGUCGCCGCUCCCUCCACCAACCCCGUCAGAGAAUCACGCCAUUCCAUGCCUUCCCAUUCCCGCGCUGGGCGUGGGCGAACCCAUCGAGAUUGACGAGGCCUAUGUCGAGCCAGAACAACCCGAGGAUCGGCGGCUAUUGGACGUGAGGCGACCGCGACGACAAACAAGUGGCCAACUUCGACCCUCCGCCCGCCCCGUCGACCACCGCUUGGAGGGCAUGAUUGCGGAUGGGACACAGUGCAACGUGCGCAGCGAACCCCAGCCGAUACUGACGCCAACACCGAUGCCGGCCCCAUCUCUACCGAAAUCAGGGUUGCAAUUAGCCGAUCCGGGAUUUAUCGAACCCGACCCCGAAUGCGCCACUGCGGACCCGGGCAUAGAGAUUGACGAGACGGACCCGGGCGACAUGUCCGCUUUUCGGGACGAGUUGCUCGCGCUGGCUGAGGGUAACACCAUCCCGCUGCGGUACGCCGCCGGACCUGGCGGCGUCAGGAAGUACACGGUCGGCGGCGUGGCCCUGCGCUACCGCCUAUCGGCUGACGUCGCGAUGCGCUGCGCCAACGUGGUUCGUAGCCGCCCAAGAAUGCGCAAGCGGGCCAAGUCUCGAUAUGGGAGCGCUACCACCUCGGCCGUUACGUCGCCCGCCAUGUCGUCGGCUCAAUCACCACCCCUACCGCCGACUGAAUUUCCGCUCUGA